CAGGCUGAAAUGUCAUCAUUCCAAAUGUGAAACCCUGUAGGCAAGAUCAGAGAGAAGAGGAAGCAAAUGGAUUACACAGCCUCUUGCCUAAUUUUCCUCUUUAUUGCAGCUGGGACAGUAUUCGGUACUGACCAUGAAACUCGCCUUAUUGGAGAUCUGUUUGCAAACUACAACAAAGUGGUUCGUCCUGUAGAAACAUAUAAGGAUCAAGUAGUGGUAACUGUUGGACUUCAGCUCAUCCAGCUCAUCAACGUGGAUGAAGUGAACCAAAUUGUUUCAACAAAUAUCCGCCUAAAACAGCAAUGGGUUGAUGUUAACCUCAAGUGGGACCCAGCAAAAUAUGGCGGUGUAAAGAAAAUUCGAAUUCCUUCCAGUGACGUUUGGAGUCCAGAUUUGGUUCUUUAUAACAAUGCAGAUGGUGACUUUGCUAUUUCCAAGGACACUAAAAUCCUUCUGGAAUACACUGGAAAGAUUACAUGGACACCCCCAGCAAUUUUCAAAAGCUACUGUGAAAUCAUAGUCACAUACUUUCCGUUUGAUCAGCAGAAUUGCAGCAUGAAGUUUGGCACUUGGACUUAUGAUGGGAGCUUAGUAGUUAUAAAUCCAGAGAGGGACCGACCAGAUCUGAGCAACUUCAUGGCGAGUGGAGAAUGGAUGAUGAAGGACUAUCGUUGCUGGAAGCAUUGGGUUUAUUAUACCUGUUGCCCAGAUAAACCAUAUCUGGAUAUCACCUACCAUUUUGUUCUACAAAGGCUUCCCCUCUAUUUCAUUGUCAACGUUAUCAUUCCUUGUCUGCUCUUCUCCUUCCUCACUGGCUUAGUAUUUUACCUGCCUACUGAUUCAGGAGAGAAAAUGACUCUGAGCAUUUCUGUAUUACUGUCUCUGACUGUGUUCCUUCUGGUCAUCGUCGAAUUGAUCCCAUCAACGUCAAGUGCUGUCCCUUUAAUUGGGAAAUAUAUGUUAUUCACCAUGGUCUUUGUAAUCGCUUCUAUUAUUAUCACAGUCAUUGUCAUCAACACCCAUCACCGCUCCCCAAGUACUCACACUAUGCCUCCAUGGGUGAGAAAGAUUUUUAUAGAAACCAUCCCAAACAUCAUGUUCUUCUCUACCAUGAAACGUCCUUCACAAGAAAAACAGCCCCAGAAAACAUUUGCAGAAGAGAUGGACAUAUCAGACAUUUCAGGAAAGCUCGGCCCAGCUGCAGUGACUUAUCAGUCCCCGGCUCUAAAGAAUCCUGAUGUAAAGAGUGCCAUAGAGGGCAUUAAAUACAUUGCUGAGACCAUGAAGUCAGACCAGGAAUCAAAUAAGGCUUCGGAGGAAUGGAAGUUUGUCGCUAUGGUGUUGGAUCAUAUCCUGCUCGCUGUUUUCAUGACAGUCUGUGUCAUAGGAACUUUAGCUGUGUUUGCUGGGCGUAUCAUUGAAAUGAAUAUGCAGGAAUGAACAAUUUUUGUAUUUCUAAUGCCAAACAAGAAAGGAAUAGUUUUAGCUCCACCAUUGCCUAUAGUUUUCCUACAUCUCAAGAAUAGCAAACAUGUAACCCUCUAGGUUUACCAGCCCAAGCUCAUGACACACUGUCCCAUACUGUCUGAGAAACAUAUAAUAUUGUUAUAAUAAUGACCCUGUUGUGCUGCUCCAAGAUUAUGCAGAGCAGCAAAUUAGCAUUUACCCCAAAUCUUAACCUGCUCACUGCUCAAACUGGUUAACAGUUUCAUACUGCUGUAGGUAUUGGUGAGUUUGCAAGUUGUGGGCAUUUUAGUUCAGCAACAGCUAUCGGGCCACAGGCUGGACAUUCAUUAUCUAGGUGCAUGCAGUUCAACUAUGGAGAUUAAUGUUCCAUACAACAUCAAUGUGCUUUUUUUACUUUAAUAUUCUAAAAUAACACAGCAUUAUGGAAAUAAUAGCUACAAUAAAUACAAUAUUGAAGGGAAAAA